AUGUCAUCGAUCACCGUGAAGAUUUUGGCCUUCUGGCUUUUUUACAUCCCCUUUGCCUUUUCAGCCGAGAUCGGUGAUGUGUUUAAUGUGAAACAAGGAUCCGAGAAUGGCGGUUGUGACUCUCACUUAUCGGUCCUUACGCAAUGGUGGACGGAAUCUCAAGCCAUGGCCUCCGCCGGUAUUUCUGCGUUUGAUGACGCGAAGGGUAACGCUGAUGAAACAAAAACAAAGAACGCGAAACAUGCUCUUGAGAAAUACUUGGGUAUUAACGAUGAUACGGACGAUGCGGACGUGGAUGAUAUCAAAUUACUUCUCGAGGAAGUUCAAUGGUUCAUGGCCAAGAAAUCCCCUGAUUCAAAAGAUACGCCGUGGUUGUUUUGCGACAGCUCCUGGCUGGAACCGAAACCUAGGACACUUAGAAUUGAAGAGUGUGGUGAAGAGGUGGAGAUUCAAGACUCCCAGCAAUACGGAUCGCAAUUGCAAGAAGCAGGUUCGGUGCCAUACUGGUCUUCAGACCUGAAGGAAUAUAUCAUAGGUCAUGCCUAUGGAGAAGGAGGUUUAUGCGGUGCUUCGGGCGAACUGGGUGUGACCCAAGGUACCACGGCGUCAAGAACCGUCACACUAUGUCCGAGGGCCUUCACAAGAACCGACGUACAAACAGAUUUCGGUGUCGACGCUCAAGGCAAAAAGCUUAGCGACGUGCUCUCUAAAAGUGCGACCUUGUUCCAUGAGUUAUUCCAUCUGGUCAUUGGCAACGACGACACUAUAGAUGCGACCUAUAAGCUUGGCACUAUUUUUAAGAGUGUUGCAAAGGGUUACGCAGUACCUGCUAAAUCUGAAUGGGACGGUCAAGCAAAUGCUUUGAAAAACUCUGAUCGCAAGACCAAUGCUCAGUUGGUUCGCACGAAUCCUGAGACUUGGGUGUUCUUCUGCGCCGAUUACUGGUAUACUCUCCACAAGAACUUAUAUUGGGAUACCACGGGAGUAUCCAAGACAGCUUAG